GUGUCCCUCCUGGGUCUGUGUUCGUGCAACAACAGAACUGGUCGAAGUCCAAAGGGUUACUGCUUAUCAGAGAAUCCACACUGAAGAACAGAGGAAGGCUGCAGACCUGUGCAUUUCCUUGGGAAGAGGAACCUCGUUGGGACGUUUCCAAGAUUUUCCUUUCAGGAGGGACUUGUUCCCCCAAUUGGAUUACUGGACAACAGGAGAGAGAGCAUCAGGAGCACGGGUACCUAGACCAGGUGGUGGAGAAUGCCGUAAGAAAUGGGCUCCCGCAGUAGCAGUAACGCUGGCUCAGGCGGUCGGGAUCGCCAGGGCAGCUGGUCACAGAGGGACUCGGGGAUCCUACGCAGUGAGGAAGAGGACGACGAAGACGAGGAUGUGGAUCUGGCCCAGGUAUUGGCAUAUCUACUGCGCAGAGGACAGUUUCAUCUGAUGCAGGGCGGGGGAGCAGCCAGCGUCCAGGUGGUCCAUGCGCUCUCCGACUCGGACGACGACAGUGACAAUGCAUGGGAAGGUCGGCUGGGAGACCAGUACAAACCUGCAGUGGAUUUGACACCAGACACCCGUGGUCUGGAGACCAACGAGAUCAAAACCCGCAUCCAGUUGGCAACAGGCAGGCUGUGCCCCGGGCGAGCCGACUGCAGUAUCCCCAGGCUGCUUUGCCAGAGGGAGCGUGGCCUUUGCCACAACGGCAGCUUUUCCCCUGGCGAGUGCUCGCGGGUGGUGUCGCACUUUCUCCCCAACUACUUGACCUUCACAGACUCCUACUCCCAGAAGGCUUUCUGUGGAAUCUAUUCCCUUGAUGGACAGCUGUUUAUGUCAGCUUGUCAAGACCAGACAAUCCGUUUGUACAACUGCUCCUAUGGAGCCUUCCGGAAAUUCAGGAGCAUCAAAGCGCGGGACGUGGGCUGGAGUGUGCUGGAUGUCGCCUUUACACCGGACGGGGCUCAUUUCCUUUACUCCAGCUGGUCAAACUACAUUCACAUUGGCAACAUCUACGGUGAGAGUGACACCCACACAGCACUGGAUCUGAGGCCUGAAGAACGCCGCUUUGCUGUCUUCUCCCUCACAGUCUCCUCGGAUGGACGGGAAGUGCUGGGAGGGGCCAAUGACGGCUGCGUCUACGUCUUUGAUAUGGAGCAGAAGAAGCGGACGCUCAAGAUUGAGUCCCAUGAAGAUGAUGUGAAUGCUGUGGCUUUUGCUGAUACCAGUUCCCAUAUUCUGUUCUCUGGGGGUGAUGACGCCAUCUGUAAAGUGUGGGACCGGCGCACCAUGAGGGAAAGCGAACCCAAGCCCGUGGGGAUCCUGGCUGGCCACCGGGAUGGCAUCACCUUCAUAGACAGCAAAGGAGAUGCUAGAUACCUCAUCUCCAACUCCAAGGACCAGACCAUUAAGCUUUGGGACAUGCGGAAGUUCUCGGGCCGCGAGGGGCUGGAAGCCUCCCGCAAAGCCGUCACCCAGCAAAACUGGGAUUACCGCUGGCAGCAGGUGCCCAAGAAAGCCCAGCACAAAUCAAAGCUUCCGGGUGAUAGCUCCCUCAUGACGUACCGAGGCCAUGGAGUGCUGCACACCCUGAUCCGUUGCCGGUUCUCCCCAGCUCACAGCACUGGGCAACAGUACAUCUAUAGCGGCUGCUCCACUGGCAAGGUGGUGGUAUACGACCUCCUGAGCGGCCGUAUUGUGACGAGGCUGACCGACCACCGAGCCUGCGUCCGUGACGUCAGCUGGCACCCCUACGAGGAGAAGAUUGUCAGCAGCUCGUGGGACGGGAACCUCCGGCUGUGGGAAUAUCGCCAAACAGAAUACGACGAAGACGCUCUCAGGGACCCCCAGCGGCUCCCCACCACCAGAGAAUUACGCCCCAGAUCCUCCUCGAGAGCCUCUAAUCAAUAGCCCUCCUGUUUUGCUGAUCACAGUUCUUCAGUUUUGGACUUGCUGUUUUUUGUGGGGUGGGGGGUGCGGCCAGCAAACUGAUCUUGGAGCAGUGAACAAGUGUGCCCCUCUUCGCAGAUCACUUGCUGGACAGAGGCAAGCAACCAUCAGAUAAUAGGGAACCUGGUUGGGGGAGGGCAGCAGACGGAGCAGGGCAAAUUUAGUUGAGAAGGGGUUUGAACAAAAUUGGACGAUCAGGUUGUGGAGGGGUGCGCCAGAGUGUGGAAAUUACCCCCUCCCCCCAGUCUGAUGUUGUUGUAAUAGGAUAGGGUGGGAAAUCAUGAGCAGACAUGAAAUAAGCUGCCCUGCCAGCAGUGGGCUUUCUCUCGGGGCCUCCCUUGCCCUGCAUAAAGCCGGGUUGUGCCGGGCUGGAGCCUGGAUAUCUUUCCAUUCCUUGGUGGGUGCCAUGUCACGUGUGCGGGAAAGGGACCGUAAGACUGGGAGUUACCCAGGUGGGACAGAGCAUUUCAGCAGGGGAGGAGCUUUCCUGUGUUCCCUCUUGUGGUGGCAUCUGGUCACAGGUUGAAACGCAACCGUGGGAGCUGGGAAUGGUGGGAGUCCUGCUUUUCCCAACAAGGGGAUUCUCGUUUUCUCACUUACAUACGCAAGAGAAAUGGCUUGUGCGGAGUAAUUGGAUGAAUCCCUGAAUCGGAGUAAGGGCAGCUUCCUUGGCACAUUUCCUCCGAUGGGGCUCCCGGCUUGCAGAUACUUGACCUUUGGGGGUAUUUCUGCCACAGCAGGGACGGCUGAGGACACAUGCACACGCUUCUAUACAAUGGGGUGCAGGAGGGAUAAAUGCCAGAGUUUCUGGAUUGCAGCAAGGGGCCAUUUGGGCUGGUGAGUGGCUGUCCUCCCUGAACAGAGCUCACCUGUCUUCCUUUGCACUCCCACCUGUUUCCGUUCUGUCACCCGCCUGUCCUUGCCUUACUUCUGCUCCCAGCACUUCCCCCUACCCUGGUUGCCCUUUUAAUUGCCGGCUGGUAUCCCUCCCCAAGGAAAAUUUUGGUCUUGCACCUUUCUCUUCUUACCUUCUUGCUGUGUGUGGGCUGCAGAUACAGCUGGUUUAUUUGCAGGUGGAGUGGGGAAUUUCUGUCCAUUCACCCCCGCUGUGUGUAUUAGUUCGGAGGUACAUCGGGAAGUUGUCCCCUAAUGUCAGUGGCUGGAGUGAAAGCUAUUGCCCUACCCCCACUGUGGAUAUAAUGGGGGUGGGAUAUGGGGAAAUCUGAAGGGUACCCCUCUGGUACCCUAAGUUUUUUUUUUAAAAAAAACUUAUAGAGAUUCUUGUUUUUUAAACUGGGGAAAGACUAGAAAGUCUCUGAUUAAGUUCCUGCAUCUAAAUGGGGAGUUGUUACCUAGGCCCCAUGCAAAAGUGGGGCACUCUGGGUGAGAGGUAAUGGAGGGGCUGCCCCUCGUCAUGGCCCCCUACUUUCCGCCUGAGAGGGUGUCUGUGCAAACUACUGUCUUGUCAAUAAAAGUGGUUGAAAUUUC